AUGACCGAACGCCUCAAGUCCAUCGUUUCGCAAAUUGCCCCCUCAACCAACGCGUUGUCGGCCAUCACCACCAAGAACCCCGACGAUGUUGUCAUCACCCUCGCGAUCCGCACACCUCUCACAAAGGCACACAAGGGUGGCUUCAAGGACACGACGCUCGAUGCACUCCUCGUCAAGAGCCUGAAGGCGGUUGUACAAAACGCGAACAUCGACCCUGCGCUCGUAGAAGACAUCUGCCUCGGCAACGUCAGCGAUUCCAAAGCCGCAUACUACGUCCGCGCCGCCAUGCUGGCUGCUGGCUUCCCCAACACCACAUCCGGUUCAUCCCUCAACCGCUUCUGCUCAUCAGGAUUGAAGGCCGUGCAGGACAUUGCCAACCAGAUUUCCGUUGGCAGCAUCGAGAUCGGUCUGGCUUUGGGCGCUGAGAGCAUGACCGCGGGCGGCGACCGUCUCGAGAGGCCGUUCGACGAUGAAAUUUUGGAGAACCAGGAGGCCAGCGACUGCAUGCAGCCCAUGGGCCAGACAUCAGAGAACGUCGGCAAGGACUUCAACAUCUCGCGCGAGAAGCAGGACAGGUUCGCCGCAGAGUCGUACCGAAGAGCCGAGGUCGCGCAGAAGGCCGGCUGGUUCGAUGACGAGAUCGCGCCCAUUAAGGUCACCCUCAAGGACCCCAAGACCGGCGAGUCCAAGCAGGUUACCCUCACCCGGGACGAGGGCAUCCGUGCCGGAACCACAUUCGAGAGCCUGCAGAAGCUCAAGCCUGCCUUCCUCCCCCACGGCGACAGGUCACACGCCGGUAACUCGUCGCAAUUGACCGACGGCUGUGCCGCCGUCCUGCUGAUGAAGCGCUCAACAGCCGAGAAGCUCGGCCAGCCCAUCCUCGCCAAGUACGUCGGCGCCACCGUUGCCGGCCUUCCUCCCCGCAUCAUGGGCAUCGGCCCAUCCGUCGCCAUCCCCAAGCUCCUCACCAAGUUCGGCCUGACCAUCGACGACAUCGACCUCGUUGAGAUCAACGAGGCUUUCGCAUCCAUGGCUGUCUACUGCCUCGAGACUCUCAAGAUCGACCACAACAAGCUCAACGUCAGGGGAGGUGCGAUUGCGCUUGGCCACCCGCUUGGAUGCACCGGUGCGCGACAGAUCGUCACUGGUCUGAGCGAGUGCAGGAGGCAGAAGAAGAAGGUUCUGCUCACGAGUAUGUGCAUUGGUACUGGUAUGGGCAUGGCCGGUUUGUUCGUCAACGAGCAGAAUGUUUAG